CUUCAAUAAGUAUCAAUUGAUUCUAUAUGAAAUUUGAUUUGAGACUGCCCAUGUGGUCACUAGAUUUUGACCAAUUGUUUUCUUUAGAAAAAGAUGGAUACAAGAAACGUUACUGGCAUAAAGUUGUCAAUUUGGUUACUAGUUAUGGGGGUAUAUGGAUACCAUUCGCAACUUUAGUGGGAUUGUGGAUCUUGGAACAGCUUUUGUUUCUCGUUCUCCAAGUUGUUCUUCACAAAAGGUGGCUUCUCGGAGAGUCCACCUGCAACAACCUUAGGCUUAAAUCUCCAAGGAAGAAAUCUUGUGACGGAGCAACCGCUGCACCCGUGUUCUGGACGUCAACUAACCCGUAUUGGAAGGCAGCUUGUGUUUUCUUUGAACUAGUACAGGUUGCAGUGUGUCAACUUCUUCGAGCUGCGAAACGUGUUCUUUUUUUUUAUAGUUAUGAUAGGAAGUCAGUUGCCCGAAAAAUUGUACAGUCAGCUAUCUUAUUUUUUGCGUUGUACCUGUUUCUAGAGUUGGAAGUUCUUCGGGAACCAAGGAGCUCCAAGAGGAUGUUAGGUCGUGUACUCCCCUCUAUAUGUAAUGGUAGCCAGUUGCAGUUACCCUAUGAAAUUACUCGUUUUCGUGACAAUUACUUUGAAACAUUUAAACAGUUGCACAGAGUUGAAUAUGAGAGAAUUCUAGAGCACCAAAACCUGCUAGCAAGUCGUUCAGUUGUCUUUGUAGCUUCUUGCGAUGGUUUAGGGAACCGCUUUAUGGGACUCUUGUCAGCUUUUUUAUUUGCAGUAUUGACAAAUCGUGCUUUUUUCGUUCUAUGGGAGCCAUGUGGCAGCACGGUUGGCGCUCAUCUAGACGAUUUAUUCGAGACUCCAGGAUUUAGUUGGAAUUUUGCAGUAUUGGCUUCUCAGUUAGGCAUUACUACGAGUCAGCUUGAAAAGUAUCCUCAUCGUUUAAUCUUCACACAGUACUGUCGCCCGUGUCCGUUCUGGAGACCUAUAAGAGACAUGGAACCUAUUGCUUGUUCAUCUUAUGAUGACAUCUUUCCAGAGAAUUUAAUCAUAUUUAGAGCAACACACUGGUUGGGUCCUGCAAUGCAACACAAUCCUAAUUAUCGACAAUUUAUUUGUACUCAUUUAGGACCUCAACCAUUUGCACAGUUAGCAACUGCUCUUUUAACGCCGUCAAAAAGAGUUUAUGAAAUCAUGGAACCUUAUAGACAAUUGAUUAAAAAUUCGAAAAGGGUUAUCGGUCUCCAGAUUCGUUUACGAGAUAGUUAUGCUAUUGACGAAUACUCCGAACAGGUCAUGUGGAGAUGCGCCGAGUCUAUUCUAUCCCAUUGGAAUCAAGUAGCGUCUCCUGAGUCAUUUUUGAAAAGGAAUGGAAGCGCUUCUCUCGUUGAUAGAUGGUUCAUAGCAACUGACACUCCGGAGGCUAGAGAGCUACUAAGGCUACAGCUUGGUGAAAGAUUAAUAUCGAUGGAUCCUCCUAUGGAUAAAGGAAAAACUGAAAGCGCACAAUGGGCUUUGGCAGAGAUGUGGUUACUUGGGGAGGCAGAUGAAAUAAUUAUUAGUCCUUAUAGCAGUUUUGGUCUUUUCGGACAUGGAAGAACAGGUAAGGCUCCUUGGAUGGUUGAUCGAAAGGGACGUUGUUGGAGAACGCCAAAUUCAGCGCCAUGUGACUUUUACUGGUUUGGUGUUCAACGCCUCAAGUGUUUCCGUGACGAGUGGCUAACGGCCGAAAUGGUCAAUAACGAUGACUGUUUUGGGUAGAGCACCCUAACGUAGAUUCAAUUUAUUGCUUAUCUAGGCAUUCAUGACCUUUCAUGUAUGUGUCAACUCUGUGAGGGUUGAUUGUCAAUAAGAUUUCGUUUUUUUAACGCUGCAGCAUCAUUGCAAAUUGGAUAAAUCAAAGCGCAAGCCCUUACUCGUUGUCCCAAAGCACUGUUUCAUAAUACAACCGAUCAAAAGCUUUAUGAAAUAAUAGAGACAACAUCAAAUGGAACGAGACUGUUCAUAACCCAUCAAUGGACGAUAUCUAUUAUGAUGCUAUAAGGUCUACUGCCACACCUUGUAUUCAAGUCACAGACGUGUACAGAGAGAAUCCAUGAGAAUCUCGUUUCAAGCGUCGCAAAUUGGAUAUGACACUUCAUUUCUAUCUCUAUCAGACUCCAGGCAUUUUGUUUUCUAUUUGAUUGACAUCCACGCUAUCAUUUCGAAGGGCAAUCUAAACGAAAUAAAGGAAAUGGUGACUCACUAGAGUCUUAACCACACAUUUCAAAAUAAAUAAAAACACUCGACACGAA